AUGAAAAGGAUAAUAAUAAUUUUAUUCUCCGUGUAUUUUUUACACUGUGAGAGUGCAGAGUAUAAUAAUAACGAUGUAGUUAAUGAUAGACCUAUUAUAGGUGUGCUAUCUCAAGAACAAUCAUAUUAUCUCCAUACAAAAUAUAAAGAAGAGAAUUAUACCAGCUAUAUAGCAGCUUCAUACGUAAAGAGCAUUGAGGCAUCUGGGGCCAGGAUAGUACCUAUAUUAAUAGGCAAGGACAGAAGUUAUUAUGAAGAACUUAUGGGAAAGAUUAAUGGAGUUUUAUUUCCUGGUGGAGCUACAUAUUUUAAUCAAUCAGAUGGCUAUGCUGAUGCAGGUCAGCAUAUUUAUGAAAUUGCGCAAAAAUUGAACGAUGCUGGUCACUAUUUCCCAAUUUUCGGGACGUGCCUUGGUUUCGAGCUACUUAUCAUAUUAGCUUCUGGUCGCAGCAAAGUGGAGAAUAGAAUUAGAUGUUAUUCAUAUUCUAAUCUUCCACUUCACUUCACGCCAGAUUUUCACAACAGUAAAAUGUUCAAGGAAACUUCAGAUGACAUUAUAGAUAUAUUGAAGAGUGAGAACGUGACAGUUAAUGCUCAUCAAUUUUGCAUAGUUGAUAAAAACUUAGAGGCCUAUAAUUUAACGGAGGACUGGCGCGUGACAUCUUACAGUUUUGACGACUACGGUGUAGAAUUUAUAGCAAGUAUUGAACAUACAAGAUACCCAUUUUAUGGAGUCCAGUUCCAUCCCGAAAAGAACGCUUUUGAGUGGAAAGAGUCAAAAAACUAUGCCCAUUCUUUAGAAGCAGUAAAAAGCAACCGCUACUUCAUGGAUUUUUUCGUUAAGGAAUGUAGAAAGAAUAGUCAUUCUUUUGCAAGUAUUGCGGAAGAAAACCUAUAUCUAAUUUACAACCACCAACCGCAUUUUACUGGAGUGCUAGGCAGCGCUUACCAUCAGUGCUACUUAUUUGAGCCCCGAGGGACAGUUUCGAAGAAG